ACUAAGUAACUGCGAAGGGCUCAUUGCGGAGGACUCAAUGGGGCCCUAGGGAAGAAAUACAUCAUGAUUAUUGCUGCAAUAUCCUUUCGCUCCUCUCCUAACAAAGAUCUGCACUGAAUCAUGGAGGCGCCAUCUGAGGAGAAGAGAAGGAACCAUGUCAUCAUUAUAGACCCAGACGAAACUGUCUUGACUGCCUAUCCAUAUAGACCUCAUAGCUCUCUGCUCGAUUUUCUUAAGGGGGAGCCAAAACUUUUAGGGGCCAUCCAAAUUCUUCUUUCUCUGGUCAUUAUAGGUCUUGGAGUUAUAGUAACACUUAAUUUCAUGUUUUCAUCCAAAAAAGUUCCUCUUGUGAUCCUCUCAGGAUAUCCAUUCUGGGGAGCAGUUAUUUUUUUUCUGACAGGAUUUGUCACAAAGUCCCAUGAUAAACAAAGACAAAUUCUGAAGCAAGACAUCACGGUCAUGAACAUCUUCAGCUCGUUGACUGCAUUAGCUGGGAUUGCCUUGAUCCUCUUCAGCUUUACACAGCAUCACAAAUUCUGCCAUAUACCCUCCCUUGACGGACCGUGUGUCGUGGGCAAAACACUUCUCCUUGGAAUUUUGUCAAUCUUAUUAAUCAUCACCAUAGUAGAGUUCAGCAUCUCUGUGACUAUUGUAUCCUUAAGAAGCAGAUGUUGGACCAGUCCAAGAGAGGCUGUGUUCUUCUUUCCUUCAGAAAGUCCUCUAAAUAUUGAACAUCCUACCCCAGAAGAAAAUAAUACAUUACAAUUUGAGUUUCAAGAAAAAUCUUCCAAGGAUAAGACAGUUUCAAGCAUAAAAAGUGUUUUCUUAGGAGGUUAUGCUUUCUUCAAGUUAAGAGUCUCAAGAAAUCCUUCAGCUCCCAAAACUAUCCCACAGAAAAGCGAUAAAGGAACGUCUUCUAUGCAUGUUCCUCCAGUGGAACAGGAGGCUAUUCCUCCACUCUCCCCAGAGCAAGAAGCCAAAUUGAAUACUCUACCUCUCUCAUUAAAACCACACUCUUCAGAAAAUACCCCUCAGAAAGACUCUAGAACUGAUCACCUGAUUGAUGAGGACCUAUCAUCUAUUAUACGCCAAACUUCUGAUAUGCAAUCCAAUGUGCUUGACUAUGAAAAUGCGUCAGUCAAAGGUCUUAAAACUCCUUCUUCACAUAAUUUCUUCCAUUUUUCACCUGAAAAUUUGUCAUCCCAAUCAUUAGUGGCAUCUCUGUCAACACAAGUCUUACAAUCUAAACAGCCAUCACUCCAUAUUUCAGAGUCAUAUGAUCUGGCAUCUGAAGAUUUUCUGUCUGAAAACAUCCCAUCUCAAGACAACCAAGACCAAGACAUCCCUUCUCCAUACACUCCACCCCAAGACAUGCAAUUCCAAGUUAUACUAGCUCAAGACAUAUCAUCCCAAGAGACUCCACACCGAGAGCCAUCGUACCAAGACACACUAACUAAAGAUGCAUCACCUCAAGAGACUCCAAACCAAUAUAUAUUGACAAAAGAAAUACCAUCGCAGGAGACUCCAUUCCAAGGAAAUCCACCCCAAGGAACUCCAUCACAAGGGACUCUAUCCCAAGGGACUCCACCCAAGGGGACUCCAUCCCAAGGGACUCUGCCCAAGGGGACUUCAUCUCAAGGGACUCUAUCCCAAGGGACUCCAUCUCAAGGGACUCUACCCCAAGGGACUCCAUCUGAAGGGACCCCAAUCCAAGGGACUCCAUCUGAAGGCACCCUAAUCCAAGGGACUCCAUUCCAAGGGACUCCAUCUGCAGUGACUCUAUCCCAAGGGACUCCACCUCAAGGGACUCCAUCUGCAGGGACUCUAUCCCAAGGGACUCUACCUCAAGGGACUCCAUCUCAAGGGACUCUACCUCAAGGGACUCCAUCUCAAGGGACUCUACCCCAAGGGACUCCAUCUCAAGGGACUCUAUCCCAAGGGACUCCAUCUCAAGGCACUCCACCCCAAGGGACUCCACCUCAAGGGACUCCAUCUGAAGGGACUCCAUUCCAAGGGACUCCAACCCAAGGAACUCCAUCCAAAGAGCUAUCAUUCCAACAUUCACUAACUAAAGACACAUUAUCUCAAGAGACUCCAUACCAAGAAACUCCAUUCCAAGAUACACUAACUCAAAAUACACCAUCCCAAGACAUCCAGCCUGAAGAGAUUCUGUCACAAGAGAUUUCCUCCCAAGAUACUCCAUUCCAAAUUACUCCAUCCCAGAAUAUAAAAUACGAAGAUAUACUAUCUCAAGACAAAAUAUCCCAAAACACUCAAACCCAAAAUAUAGUACCUCAAAUACUAAACACUGGAGUUCAAAUCCAGCAACAUCCAGAAAUAUUUUAUAAGGACAUUCGAACAGAAGUCAUGGAGAUGACUGAAGAAUGGCAGUCUAAUCAGGACAAGAAACCCACGAGAAGACUUUCCUUAUCCUUGCCAGGCAAACGUGGGCAAUUCUAUCCCAAGAGAUAUUCUUUGGACCUGCAAGUCAAAACUGAGAAACCAAGGAGAUACUCUGAGGACAUACAAAGUAGAAGUACAAGACGGAAAUCCAUAGAUCAGCAAAUCAAAGCCUGGAUAUCCCCAAAGAAACAUACCACAGAGAAACAAAAUGCAUAUACCCAAACCCAAGAGCAAGCUGAAGAUCAGCAGGUCAAAGAGGAGGAAGUCCCAGUACAACAAUCCCAAACUGAGCAAAUCAAACACCAAAAAUCUGUAGAGGAGCUAGUAUCAAAAGACAAAGAGAAUAAAGAUCAGCAGUGUGAUAAAGAGCAACCUCCACAAGAGCAAGCUCAAGUUCAACCAGCUGAAGACCAGCAUCCCAAAGAGGAAAAAACCCAGCUCCAAAAUUGGCAGGGAGGACAACAAGUACUAAUAAAGAGAUCCCCAAUGCAGUUGAGUGAUAACUGGGACUCCCAAAGCCAUCAAUACACAGAAAGUUCAUGCUCCUUCUGGUCAACUCCAUCCUGGCAGCCUAUUAGCCAGAGAUCCCAAGACUGGGUAAGCCAAGGUUGGAGAAACAAAGAUUGGAAAGCACAAGAAUGGCAGUUUGCAGUGCAGCCUUCCCUAGACUGGGAAUCCCAAGAGCUAUUAGAGAGAGAAUCCUUAAGGCAAAGGGCACUAUACCGACAAAUCCAACCCCACACCACCAUAAUUCAGCAAACCCCAGAUCAUCAAUUGCGAAACUUUAUAUUUCAAGUAGGUCUGCGUCAAGAUACUAGACAACAAGACUCUGAAUCUGGUGUUUUAAUAGAAGAUGUGUCUGAAGAUGAUGCUCAGUCAGGAGACAGAGAACCAGGAGAUACAGAAGAUACAUGCCAGAAACCAACAGACCAGCGGUCAGAAGAUCUGAGGCCAGAUAAUUACCCUGCGUCUUUUCAGAGCCUGGUUCCAUACACAUACGUAACCUGUUUAUCCAACAUAGCUUCAGAGCAAGAGGUGCAGAACAAUACACCCUACUCAGGUUCAUCCAAAGAUCUGAAUGCCACUUCUUCCUCCUCAUACCAAAGAGAUCAACAGCAAUAUGAAGAUUCAGACUAACAUGCACAUCUAACCAAAAACCACAGAUGCCAGAUAAUACAAUCGCAUGAGGAGAAAGCACUUGAUUCUUCCCUAACCUGUGUUCUUGCCUGUGCUUGCUGUCUAAUUCAUACACCACAGAUGAAGGACACACAGGACCUUCAAAGAACUCAAUCCUUUUUAAAUGAAAAUGACAACAAGCUAAAUGUUAACACUAUAUCAGAACCUUCUGGGGUUGAAGGAAUAAAUCUCAUGUAAACUGUAAA